AUGAAUGAGCCAACGAGAGUUACGCCAACAUCAGCUUCUUUAAUUGAUUUAAUUUUAACUAACAAACCAGAAAAUAUAUCCCUGUCUGGUAUUGUUCACCUUGGGAUAUCUGCUCACAGUCUUAUUUUUGCUAUUAGAAAACUUACGCUACCAAAAUCGGGAAAGACUUCACCCUCGGUUAGAGAAGUUAGAGAUUUUAAAAGUUUUGUUCAAAAAUACUUUAUUCAUGAUAUUUCCCAACUUCCUUGGAAUUCUAUAAAUCAAUUUGCCAGUCCAAACACAUCCUGGCAGGUGUGGAAAUCGCUCUUUCUUGAAUCUCUUGACAGGCAUGCACCUCUACGACAGAAGAGGUUGAGGCAGCACGCCAUACCAUGGAUUACCCCUCAAGUUAAGCAGCGUAUGCGAAAGAGGGAUUUCCACAAAAAGCAAGCAAUACAACACGAUUUCCAGUCACAAUGGUUGUUAUAUAAAUCUGAGCGCUAUAACGUGAACAUCGAGAUCCGUAGGACAAAAUCAAAAUAUUUUUGUGAGAAUGCAUGGUCCUUGAUAAAUGCCAUUUCGGGACGAAAUCGUAAAUCGCCGUGUGUUAAAGGAUUUUUAAUUAAUGAUACAAUUCUUUCUGAUG